UUUCUCAAGGGGAUCAUCCCCGAUAUCAGUUUUAAACCUCAACCAAGCUGGAGUUUACCAAAGUAUUAAAUCAAACCACCAACAAAUUGGUGUCGUUUUAGACGGCGAUUGUCCCGAAAGUGAAAGUUUUUUAAUCACUGUAAGUCCCGGCUUCACGCACAUUGCCCCCAAUGUGGUGUUUAUUUCAGUGCGGUCAACUGAAACUUUUCGACGUGAAACACCACUGGUUGAUUCUAUCAAAAUCAAUCCAGUUUUUGGAAAAAAUCAAAAAUGCGGUUGUAAAUAUCAACGCUGAUAUUCACGUUGCUGUUCAAAGUGGUACAAAUUGGACAAUCUUUGACGUUUAUAAUCCUGCAUCAGAGCAUGGGGGCUCCUUAAAAUACACCCGAGUGGGUUUUUAUAGCCGGGGGCGAGGCUACAAUGCCCAGACUAACGAAGCUAAGUACUGGAGACGCAAAGACAUGACUGGGGUCACUUUCAAAACUAUGGUCGUGUUGCUAGUCCCCUUUGAGGGGCCUUUGGAAGAUUAUCUCCACAAUGACGAUAACAGGAAUAUUAACACGUUCAAUCGGUUCCAAAAUAAGUUGCUACGUUUUUGUAGAGACUACUACAACUAUUCAAUGAUUGUCGAGCUUGGCUCAUCGUGGGGUUAUCCAUUCCCUAACGGUUCCUUCGACGGCAUGGUUGGUGCCAUGGAAAAAAAAUUAAUCGACUUUGGAAGUUCUCCAAUUUUUGUGCGAGAAGAUCGCGCCAGAGUCAUAGAUUACGGGCGAAACACCUGGAGUUGGAAGGCAGGAUUUUUAUUCCGAAGCCCAAAAUCGCGCACUUCCAUCGAGAUUUUCCUGAAACCCCUCUCAACCUCAAUUUGGCUGAUCACAGGGGUGUUGGCAACCGCUUCUAUCGUAAUUUUGAAAAUGGUGACAACUUUCGAACGGAACCGGUACCACAGUACGAGUGAAACGUCUUGGAGUUUGUCGUUUCUGUUCACUCUGGGGGCUUUAUGCCAGCAAGGAUCGCCCUGGGUCCCAAAAAUGGCGUGCGGUCGCAUCACCGCAAUUUCGAUUUUCCUGCUCUCGCUGAUAAUUUACCAGUUUUACUCGGCAAGUAUCGUGUCUCACUUGCUAAUGAAGCCCACAAACAAAAUCAGGAACUUGAAAGACCUCACCGACUCAAGUUUGAAAGUUGGGUGCGAGGACAUCAUUUACAACAAAGAUUUAUUUGCGCACACAACUGAUAAAGUUCUCAAGGAUUUGUAUGCCAAAAAAAUCUACGGGAAAGGUAACACCUCGCAUUUUUUCCCACCGGAGAAGGGUCUCGACUUGGUCAGGCAAGGAGGAUACGCUUUUCAUAUAGAAGUUGCGAGAGCGUAUCCUAUUAUUGAAACGACUUUUCCCGACAAUGCCAUAUGCGAGCUUCGAGAAGUGAAGUUAUUUAAAAACACAGAUUUGUAUAAUACGAUGCAAAAAGGAACACCGUUUCGCGAUAUGUUGGAGAGUUGUUUUCAGCGUUUGGCCGAACAAGGGAUUUUGGACAGAGAAAAAAAGCACUGGCACCCGAGAAAGCCUGAAUGUAUUCAGUCGUCUCAAGCUUUUGUUACCUUUCAUGUCGGUUUGGAUGAAUUUUAUCCAGCUUUGUUGGUUCUCUUGAUUGGGAUUGUGAUUAGUUUAACUGUCUUAGUUGUGGAAAAACAAAUACACAUAGCAAGGGAAAAAAUGGAAAGAGAAAAAGGCGUAGUUUUCCCUUUUACAGAAUAUGAAUGUGGUCGGUCAUAUCUCUUUGAUGUAAAGCACCAUUGGCUAAUAGUGGCCUCGUCCGAAAAAAUUAGAGAGAAAUUUAACAAUGUUAUAUUAAAUAUCAAUGCGGACAUUAAUGUUAUAAUUCCGGAAAAACCAUCAAACUGGAGCAUCAUAGAUGUCUACAACCCCGCCUCACAACACGGUGGUGUAUUAAAUUUUACCCGAGUUGGUUUUUACAACAAACAUGACGGUUACAAGAUAAAGUACACUGGAGUAAAAUACUGGAAUAGAAAAAAUCUCACUGGGGUUACUUUUAAAUCAAUGGUUGUGUUGCCGGUCCCCUUCGAAGGCACUCUACAACAUUACUUGGACAGUGACGAUAACAGAGACGUUAACACGUUCAAUAGAUUUCACAGCCGAUUGAUAAGUUUUUGUAGAGACUAUUACAAUUUUUCACUUGAUAUCGAGGUGUCUAAAUCCUGGGGCUACACAAACGAGGACGGGACUUUCGACGGAAUGGUUGGGGCUUUGGAGCGGAAAAUUAUAGACUUCGGAAGCUCGCCCCUGUUUCUUAGAGAAGAUCGGGCCCGGGUGAUAGAUUAUGGAAGAAACACGUGGAUUUUAAGUGCUGCUUUUAUUUUCCGAAACCCCAAAGUUCGAACCUCUCUUGAGAUUUUCCUGCGUCCUUUGCCAAGUUCCGUGUGGCUAAUUACCGGCUUGUUGGCCAUUGUUUCCAUCAUUAUUUUAAAACUGGCAACGUCUUUUGAACGGAGGAGAUAUGUCUAUGACGUUGAGACGUCUUGGAGUAUUUCUGUGAUUUUCACUUUGGGGGCCUUUUGUCAGCAGGGCUCGCCCUCAACCCCUAAAAUGGCAUGCGGACGGAUUGCCACGUUUUUCAUUUUCUUACUCUCCGUCCUGAUUUAUCAGUUUUAUUCAGCUAGCUUGGUGUCCCAUUUAUUAAAUAAACCCCUCACUAAAAUCAAAAACGUUCGAGACCUGCUUUUGUCGCCACUUAAGGCCGGAUGCGAAGAUAUUCUCUACGAUAGGGAUUAUUUUUUGCACACUACCGAUAAAGUAGCCAAGGAAUUGUACGCCAAAAAAAUUCUAGGCAAGUCAAAUUCAUCCAAUUUCCAUACACCAGAAGCCGGCUUAAAACUGGUAGCAGAAGGCGGUUAUGCCUUUCAUGUUGAAACAGCAACCGCCUAUCCUAUAAUCGAGUCAACUUUUCAAGACCAAGCAGUUUGUGAGCUUCGAGAAGUUCCACUCUUUAGGACGCAACCAAUGCAUGCAAACUUCCAGAAAAAGUCGCCGUUUCGGGACAUGUUCGAUACUUGUUUUCAGCGUUUGGCCGAACAUGGACUUUUGGUGAGGGAACGAAAACACUGGCAUCCGCGGAAACCAGAAUGCAUUCAGUCGUCUAAAUCUAUACGUUUCAAUGUGGGCUUGGAUGAUUUUUAUCCCGCUUUGGUGAUACUUUUGGUUGGAAUUGUUGCCAGUUUGCUAAUUUUGGUGAUUGAGAAGGAAUUUAGGAUAUUGACCGAAAACCCGGCGCCUCCACCAAUUUUGGUGCUCGAGGCGGAAGAUGCUCCCUAUCCUUACGUAGACUAAACGAAAUAAUCUUUGUUAGCUGAUUGUUUUAUUGCAAAAACGCAAAGUUCCGCAGUUAUUUAAGUGUUAAGAACAAUAAAGGAUAAUGAAA